CAUGGCUGAGUCAGUGAGACCAAACCCAUAGGCCUCAACAGUAUAUAAGUAUCAUCGGUGUAUCACGUCUUUUGUUGUCUGCGCUGCGACUCCUCCUGGCAAAGAAUUCCUAAUGUGUGAAGCCUGAGAGACAUUAGUUUCCAGCCAUGGGUGACUGGUCUUACCUGUCCUCACUGCUAGACAAGGUCCAGUCUCACUCCACUGUCGUGGGGAAGAUCUGGAUGAGUGUCCUCUUCCUGUUCAGGAUCUUUGUCCUGGGUGCUGCUGCGGACAAAGUCUGGGGAGAUGAAGUGUCAGAGUUCUUCUGUGACACCCUGGAACCAGGAUGUGAACAUGCCUGCUAUAACUGGUUGUUCCCAAUAUCCUACAUUCAUUACUGGGUCCUGCAGAUCACCUUUGUGUCCACACCCACCCUGGUCUACCUGGGUCAUGCCGUCCACAUUAUCCACAAAGAGAAGAGGAUGAAGGAGCAACUACAGGGCGGCACUAAUGGAACUGUACUGAAGAAGCCCAAGUAUAUAGAUGACAGAGGGAAGGUGAAGAUAAAAGGCACCCUGCUCUGCACUUACAUUACCCAGCUGGUCUUCAAGAUCUUCCUGGAGGUGGGAUUCUGUGUGGGCCAAUACUACAUCUUUGGCUCUGUGUUCAUGGUCUCCUAUUUCCACUGUACUAUGUCUCCACCCUGUGCCCGUUUCAGCGGUGCCCAGUGUUACAUUUCUCGUCCGACAGAGAAGACGAUCUUCAUUUUCUUCAUGCUUGCAGUUUCGGGCAUUUCAGUGAUCCUUAACAUCAUUGAGAUAAUCUACCUGCUGUGUAGCAGGAGGACGGACAUCAGGAAACAGCUUCUAGCUCAGCAGCAUGCACUCAGUUCACAGCAGUGCCCAUCAAACCCAGCUUGGAGGGCCAUGAACAGCCAGUAUGGGGGUUUCCCACUGUCGCCUCUGCCAGUCCAGGGUCUGACAGGCCGCUGCAAUGAUGACAAACAAAGCUCCAUCAGUAAGGAAAAGGACACUUAAUACAUGAAUUAUACAGUCAGUUUAGGAUGUUUGCCCCUUGUUAUUAUUUUGCUUAAGUUACUCUUGAAUAAUUACAGUUUUUAAUAUGGUACAUGGCUGGAUUGUGUGAAAUGAUUUUGAUUCAGAACAAUAACAUGGAUACUAAAUAACCAUAUAGCAUUUACUGUGGUGUUCUGUAGAACCUCAAUUGCAUGAAUUAAUUAAACAAACAAACAAAAAUCCUCAAUAUGCUGGACUCUCAUUGGUCAAUAACACCAGCUCUUUUUGUUGUUUU